CUUUGGUUGGUUGUAUUGGCAUCAUUUUGUUUGUGGUUGUGUGGCCAGCUGGCUAGUGGCUUUUACUCAGAGCCAGCUAUUCUUUUAGUUGUCUUCAAAGUUUCUUUCAUAUUGAUAAAAAGCAGGGCGGUGCGUUGUCCUAGGUUUCGACCGGACUAGCGUAUCGUCCGGACUUUUUAUUGUAAGAAAGAAGACUCAAGUUUCUUGAUUAUAGAAGAAUUCGUUCCAAGAUGACUCGCGGUAACCAGAGAGAUUUGGCUCGCGCUAAAAACCAGAAAAAACAGCAGGAAAUGCAGAAAAAGAAGAAUGCCAGUGAGAAGACUGGUAUGUCUCUUCAAGAGCGGAAACAUAGAGAUGCUGAACUAAUGAGAGAAAAACAACGAAGAAAGGAGGAGCAAGGUGAAAACCAAAAACAAGCUGUAAAUUAAAUGGUCAUUAUAAAAAAAACUUGACUGCUCCAUAUUAUGAACACUUAACUUUUGAGCUUUUUUGCUGAGAGCUGAAAUUGUUCAUGUGAUACAUAAGCAAUCAUUUAAUUUACAUUUACAUGUUUAUACAGAAUUUGAGUUUGAAUUAAAGCCUAAUUGAAUUAUAUAAUUAUCCAAUAACAA